AUGACAACCUCUCUCUCCUCUCCUCGAGUACUAGUGCUGGCACAAUCUUUGCGUUCUCCUAGUUUUAUUAAAGCCGUUGAUGUUGCCACUUCCAUUUACAUUUCUUCACAGGAAUGGAAGGAUUAUUUGAUGUCUUUCAAUAUUGUCUUUCCAAUACCUUCCUGUGCCACUACGAGUGCCAGUGAGUUUCCUCCUACUCUCGAUUUGUUAAAGAAUGGAACCACACGAAUGCCAGUGUUGAACAUGUGUUAUGAAUCGAAUGCGUUGCAUCCUUGGCCACUCAUUCACCAAAAGGCAGGACAGUUGUUGGUUUCAACUUUGAAAGCUCAAUAUAAAAUUCAAGAUUUAAUGGCCAAUUUCACAACAGUGAACACGAGUUUGUUGGGAUAUUUUGGAUCUUUGAAAGCUGCUGUGGAUAGUGGCGCUUGUGAUGUUGCCAUUGCAUCGACCAAUUGGGACAAUUCAAGAUUGAGUCAAGCUCAUUUUCAAUGUGCCUACGGGUCAAGCUUCAAUGGAUAUUUGCGUUCUGGACUUGAUAAUGACACAAUUAAAGUGUCAACAGUGAAUGACCUCAAUCAAGCAUCUGUCAAAGUUGCUGUUUACAAAGCGACAACUUAUGAUCAAUGGGCCACAACCAAUCUUCCAAAAGCCCAAAUUGUUCGUUUUUCUGGAGGUUACUAUGAAGCCUGGCCUAUGAUUCUCAACAAUCAAGUUCAUGCGUUGAUUACUGAUGCUGCUGACCUUUUCUCCUUUUUGGCUGCAAAUAAGGAGAAUUGUACAGCUUGCAAAGCAGAUGCUUUCGGUGAAUCAUUUUCAUAUGGAAGUUUUACCACAAACAAGAUUGCGAGGUACUCACUAGCUACAAGUUCUGUUGUUAUUAAUUUUACAUACAUGAUCGUUUUAAUUAUGAGUGUAAUUAUGUUCAUGUGGUAA